AUGCAUAGGAACCAAUCAUCUGCUCAGAUAAAAGAAUUAGAGGCACAUGUAACUAGCUUGAAGCUUGAGUUGAAAUCAUUGCAAGCAACUAACAGAGAUAUGGCGGAGCAAUUAGAGAACAAAGCAAGUGAAGCAGAAAAACUGGGAGAACAAAAUUUAAGACUCCAAUCCCGUAUUUCAGAACUCAAAAUAAUGCUAGAAAAGAGAGAAAAAGAAAUUUUUAUUCUCACGAAGAAACUUGAGGAUAAUAGCAGUGAAUCAUUGUCUGGUGUGAAGAACUUGACUGCUCAGAAAAAUAAUCUGCUAUUAGAGAAGGAGACGUUGCAAGCUGAGAAGGCUCUGUUGAAAGAAAAUUUUACAUUUGAAGGUGAUGAAGCAUCAAAUCAAGUACAGAGGUUAAUGGAUGAGGCAAAUACAUUACAGCAACAGCUGGAAUCUCUUCAUAUCCAGAAGGCAAAACUGGAAUUGCAGUUUGAGAGAAAGAAACAAAAGUCAUCUGAAAGAUUGAAUAAAAUGGAGAAUCAAAAAUCAAAGUUGAAGCAAAUGGUCGAGGACCUUCAAAGAGAUUUGGAAGCAAAAGGAGAUGAGAAAAAUGAUUUAGUGAAUAAAAUCAUCAGAGAAUGCUUAAAGAACAAGAGUUUGCAACAUGCAAGCCAAGGAGGAGUGUUGGAAAUUGGCCUGCAUGCAGCAUGUGAAUUUCCAACAUGUCAAGAAGCAGCCGGAGCCAUGCAUGCAGCUGUGAAGAAAAGAGAUCAAAAUGUUGUAUUAUUGCCGGGUAAAGUAAAAUACGUUGCUGUUAAAGUCCAGAUUGAAGUUCUUACUUCAUCCAGUUAA